AUGUCCUCCACCCCUUCCAGCCUCGAAGACCAGAUGGCGCUCCUAGUAACAGCAAACCACAUCCUCCACCAUCACAAAGUCCUCGACGGCUUCGGCCACAUCUCCCUCCGCCACCCGACCAAGAAAACCACUUUCUUCACCACUGGUGUCCCAGCCGCUCUAAUCGACUCUUCGACACCAUACUACGAGAUCAAUAUCUUGGACGGUCAACGAACAGAUGGCGGAUCCAUACCAUCUACGUACUCGGAGCACUAUAUUCAUGCUGCCAUGCUGGCCAAGUAUCCAGAGGUGAAUUCCGUCGUACACAGUCAUGCUCCAGCCGUGUUACCUUUCGCUAUCAGUCCUGAGGUGCCACUCAAAGCCUGUUUGCACACGGCUGCGUUUCUGGGACCCAAGGUUCCGAUCUGGGAUAUCAGCGACGCCUACACGACGCAGGAGACCAAAGCGAGACAUCUACUAGUCAACGACUACUCGCUCGGAGCAUCGCUGGCCGAAGCGACGAACAAGACGGCCGGUCCGUUGGCUUUUCACAAAGUAGUCGUCCAGCGCGGUCACGGCUUCACUUGCGUGGGUGAUAGUAUAGAGGAAGCAGUUUAUAAUGCUAUCUACACCGAAACCUCGAGCAUUUCUGGCUCAACACUGUCGCUGGGCGCGGAGACUGCUUUCUCGACCAUCGAGAACGCUUUGGUGCAGUCCUCCGCACAUCAAUUACAUGGCGAUGGUGGUGGGAAGGUGCAAGGGCUUAGCGAAGCUGAGAUAGCGGCUUGUGCGCCUAUGGAUCGGCAUUGUAUUGGUAAGGUGUGGCCUUUGUGGGUGAAGGAAGUUGAGAAGGCUGAGUUCUGGAGGUAA